AUGAGGCAUCGGAAUAGAGUGGGCAUCUUAGUGGAUGAGGAGCUUAAAUGGCAGGUGGUAGAGGUUAUGAGGGUCAGUGAUAGGCUGAUGAAGAUUAAGUUGGUCAUUGAGGGUUUUGCGUUACAUGUGUGUAGUGUGUAUGCGCUGCAGGUGGUCUUAGAAGAGGAGGUAAAAGAGAGUUUUUGGGAGGAGUUGGAUGAGGUGGUGAGAAGUGUGCCUAGUUUGGAGAAAAUUGUCAUAGCAGGGGACUUCAAUGGCCACAUUGGGGUUUUAUCGGGAGGAUAUGACGAUGUGCAUAGAGGUUUUGGUUUUGGUGACAGAAAUGGUGAGGGAGUUGCUCUGUUGGAUUUUGCGAAGGGGGAUAGGGGGCUAUUCAAGAAUUGUAAAGUCAUUUUGAAUGAGCAUCUUUCGACCCAGCAUGAGCUUCUAGUGAUGGACUUGUCUAUCAAAAAGUACAAGAAGAGAAGGGUCGAGGAGGGUCGACCUAGAAUUAAGUGGGGAUGCUUGACGCUAGUUAAUGCUCUAGAGAUAGGGGAAAAGAUGGCAAAAACAGGGUGUGGAAGAGCAAGGGGACGUUGA